AUGGCAUCUACGGCGGUUCCGAAGCUCUUCCAGCCUACACGGGUCGGGAACUCCAUGCUCGCGCACCGUGUCGUCCUCGCUCCGCUGACGCGCCUACGCGCAGACAAGGCACAUGUGCACACAGACCUUGCUGUAGAAUAUUACGCGCAGCGCGCGUCCGUGCCCGGUACGCUGCUCAUCAGCGAGGGUACAGUCAUCGCCGCUAAGGCGGGCGGGUAUCCGCACGUCCCUGGCAUCUGGAGCGACGAACAGGUCGCUGCGUGGCGCAAGAUCACGGAUGUGGUCCACGCACAGGGCAGUCGUAUAUUCUGCCAACUAUGGGCGAUUGGCCGCGGCGCAUUCCCCGGCAUCCUUGAGGCAGAAGACCCGUCACUCACGGCCGUGUCGUCCUCGGAGAUUGCCAUCAAGGGCGUAACGCUACUCGGCCAGCCUUACAGCAAGCCGCGCGCCCUCACCGUUCCAGAAAUCCAGGAAUACGUCGACCUUUAUGCCACCGCCGCGCAAAACGCUAUCCGCGCGGGUUUCGACGGCGUUGAGGUACACGGCGCGAAUGGGUACCUCAUUGACCAGUUCCUGCAGGACACGUGCAACACGCGCACAGAUGUGUACGGCGGGUCCAUCGAGAACCGAUGCCGCUUUGCGCUCGAGAUCGUCGACGUGGUUGUGCGUGCCAUUGGCGCAGACAGGGUGGGCUUCCGCGUGAGCCCGUGGAGCCCGUUCCAGGACAUGCGCAUGGCGGACCCUCGGCCGACGUUUACGUACCUUGUACGACGCCUCGCGGAGCUACACCCUGACUUGGCGUACUUGCAUGCGGUCGAGGCGCACGUUGCGGGCAGCGCCUUUCGCGAGCCGGAAGCAUGGGAGUCGAACGACUUCAUGCGUGAGAUAUGGGCGCCCCGCCCGUUCAUUUGCGCAGGCGGCUUUGAGCGCGAUAGCGCGCUCGCGCACUCAGAAGAGACGGGCGACUUGAUCGCUUUCGGGCGUGCAUACAUUGCGAAUCCCGACCUUCCCACGCGCCUCGCUAAGAACUGGCCGUUGAACAAAGGAAGCAGGGAGACAUACUACAUCCCCAUGUCGGCGGAGGGCUACACAGACUAUCCGUUCAUCGACGAGUCUGCGGCAGCAGCGUGA